GUUCCUCGAAGGUGGGGGUGGGUAAAUGAGAAUGCGACAAGCCGAUAAGGCAAGCGGUACGGAAUAUACCCGGGCUCGAUACGCUCUGCCACUCUGUUCCGCCUUGCUAUCGCAAAAAGUUCCCUCGUCUCUUGCCCGCACGAAACAAUCCCAGGCAAUCAAUCGGACGCCAAAUCACAAUGGCAACGUCCAAGGCGGAGACAGACAUCAUUCUCAACAAGGCAAACGUGGCACUGGCCCGGAGUCAGCGGCUCGUCGCAUCAUGGCUCCCCCCGGCAACGACGGAAGACCAAGCCAACAUUAAAUCCGAAGAGGAGCUGCAACGGGAAGAAGAUGAGAUUUUCACAGCUGUCCCUGAGACUCUAGGAGUCGGAGCGCCUCUCCCCACUAAAGCCGCGGAUGGGAGCUGGAACCGGACCGAAUUAGACUCAAAUGAUAAAUUACGAAGGCAGCUCCUCGGAAAGAACUAUAAAAAGGUUAUGACCGCAAAGGGAAACACGCCUGCUGGCGCUGGCGCCGUGAGUCGACUUCCGGUGAGCGGCGCUUCGUCCAGCACCACAAAAGACGUGGAAGACGAAGAUGACGAAGAAGAAGGGCGGACAGCAUUGAUAGGAAAGAAAAAUGCUAUCUCCUCCAAGAAGCGGAAGGCUGAACAUCGAGUGCGGCCGGUCUCGGAGCCAUCUAAUGAUCAAAAUAGCAAGACGAAACAAAUCAGUGGCGAUGAUGACGAUGGCGACGAGAUCGAUAAACCCAACAAGCAAACGGGGCCGUUAAUACAACCGUCGAGGGGUAGAAAGAAAGCCACGAGCUAUUUAGAUGAAAUAUUGGCCGAGCGGUCGAAAAAAAGAAAGAAGAGAUGAGAUGGUAUC